GCCGCGCGCCAGUCUCCCCUCCCCGGGGUCUCCCCAAGCCCCUUUCUGCUGCCACCGCCGCCUCUGGAGGAGCGGGUCCACCGCGGGUCACCAUGCCCAGCAAAACCAAGUACAACCUGGUGGAUGAUGGGCACGACCUGCGGAUCCCUUUGCACAACGAGGACGCCUUCCAGCACGGCAUCUGCUUUGAGGCCAAGUACGUAGGAAGCCUGGAUGUGCCAAGACCCAACAGCAGGGUGGAGAUCGUGGCUGCUAUGCGCAGGAUACGGUAUGAGUUUAAAGCCAAGAACAUCAAGAAGAAGAAAGUGAGCAUUAUGGUUUCAGUGGAUGGAGUGAAAGUGAUUCUAAAGAAAAAGAAAAAGAAAAAGGAAUGGACGUGGGAUGAGAGCAAGAUGCUGGUGAUGCAGGACCCCAUCUACAGGAUUUUCUACGUCUCUCAUGAUUCCCAAGACUUGAAGAUUUUCAGCUAUAUUGCUAGAGAUGGUGCCAGUAACAUCUUCAGGUGUAACGUCUUUAAAUCCAAGAAGAAGAGCCAAGCUAUGAGAAUUGUCCGGACUGUGGGGCAGGCCUUCGAGGUCUGCCACAAGCUGAGCCUACAGCACACGCAACAGAAUGCAGAUGGUCAGGAAGAUGGGGAGAGCGAGAGGAACAGCAAUGGCUCAGGAGACCCAGGCCGACAGCUCACUGGAGCCGAGAGGGCCCCUACAGGCCGGGAGGGCCUCUCUUCUACUGCAGAGGAGACUGACAUUGACGCAGUGGAGGUCCCACUCCCAGGGAGUGAUGUCCUGGAAUUCAGCAGAGGUGUGACCGAUCUGGAUGCCGUAGGGAAGGAAGGAGGCUCCCACACAGACCCCAAGGUCUCACCCCACCCUCAGGAACCCAUGCUGACAGCCUCACCUCGAAUGCUGCUUCCCUCUUCUUCCUCGAAGCUACCAGGCUUGGGCACAGGGACGCCACUGUCUACACAUCACCAGAUGCAACUCCUCCAGCAGCUCCUCCAGCAGCAGCAGCAACAGACGCAAGUGGCUGUGGCCCAGGUCCACUUGCUGAAGGAUCAGUUGGCUGCUGAGGCUGCGGCGCGGCUGGAGGCCCAGGCUCGUGUGCACCAGCUCUUGCUACAGAACAAGGACAUGCUACAGCACAUCUCCCUGCUGGUCAAGCAAGUGCAAGAGCUGGAGCUGAAACUGUCAGGACAGAAUGCCAUGGGCUCCCAGGACAGCUUGCUGGAGAUCACUUUCCGCUCUGGAGCCCUGCCGGUGCUCUGUGACCCCACGACCCCUAAGCCAGAGGACCUGCAUUCACCUCCGCUGGGCGCAGGCUUGGCUGACUUUGCCCACCCAGUAGGGAGCCCCCUAGUUGACCACAGCAUGUUCGAGAACAUGAACACAGCCCUCACUCCAAAGCUGCAAUCUAGCCGUUCCUUCCCCCACUUGUCCAGGCCUGCAGCCCCCAGCUCUGCCACCCUGGGCUCUGCAGAGCCUGGAGGGCAAGGACUGAGGGUGGGCAGCAGCCAACACCUCAAGAACCUAGGCAAGGCCAUGGGGGCCAAAGUCAAUGAUCUGCUGCGGAGAAAGGAGCCCUCAGGCCUUGGCAGUGUGGGCGUGAUGGAGAUCAACAAGACAGCGGGGGCCCAGCUGGCCAGUGGGGCUAAUGUGGCAUCAGGGUCCUGGCUGGAGGGUGAAAGGUCAGUCCAAGAAGCAUUCCCUCGACUGGAUCCUCCACCUCCAGUGACCAGGAAGAGGACACCUCGUGCCCUGAAGACCACCCAGGACAUGCUGAUUUCAUCACAGCCUGUCUUGAGCAGUCUGGAGUAUGGGACAGAGCUGCCUCCUGGGCAGCCCCAGGACUCCCCUCCCACUGUCCAGCCUGUUCCAAUGGCAGACACUUCACAGCCAGAGUCCACCAUGGAAACAGGAGAUAGGGGCGAGGCUCUGCCCAAUGGCGAGGUGUCCCUGUCAGUCCCUGACCUAAUCCACAAAGAUAGCCAGGAUGAAUCCAAGCUAAAGGCGAUGGAGCACAGAAGAGCCUCCUCCCCUGGUCUUAUAGAGAGGAAUGGCCUCAAACUCAGCUUGAGCCCCAUGAACCUGGAUGAGUCCUGGGAAGACAGCAGCUCCCCACCUCGGGCACGGACCUCCAGCCUGGACAAUGAGGGCCCUCACCCAGACCUGCUGUCCUUUGAGUAGAGCCCCUUGUCUUCCCACUGAGCACCCUCUUCCCUUUACAUUCUCCUCCACUGUGUACAUGGGCCCUUGCCCCAGCUCUGCUGUGCCCUGUAUCUUCCCUGAGGCACCAGCAAAGAGCCCAUUCUCCACAUGAGAUGUCAUAGGGCCAAAAGUACAUGAGCAGUCCUAGUUAAAGAGUCUAUCUGCAGAAGAGCAAGAGGACUGAGGUGGCUUCUCUGAUCCUCAUUUUCUGUAAGCUCUUCUGGCUGUUGGCUGCAGUGCUUUGCUACUGGAGCUCAUACCCACAAGUUUGUCCCUGUUUUCCAUUGAAUUGCAGGCCCACUAAUCCAGGAUAAUGAAUCUGGCAGGAAUUCUCUUUGCCUGUCUCCCAUAUGCUGUCUGCUUUUCUUCCUCUCAUGCCCUGCUUCCUUGUCUCUAUGCUGGCCCAGAGGCCUCCUGCAUCAGGGAGAAUAGACUGGGCAAGGAAGGAAGGGUUUGGCUUGAUGAUGGGGCCUGACCUGGAAAGCCACACACCCUAACCACAGUCCAGCCAUGGCUCCUCCUGGCCAUGAGAGCAUCUUUCCUUUGCCCUUGGGGUGGGGCCAGAGAGGGGUACUUAUCAGGCCUGAGACAUUGCAGGCUUCCCCAAGAUGUGAACCCUGUUACUUAGGGUUCUCAAGGUUUUUUCC